AUGGACUCACUGGACAUGUAUUAUAACAGAACUUUCGAGCAACAGAACCACAAUGGUGUGGAGCGAGAGCCGCCAGCGUGUCUGUACUCAAGCCGCACAGAGCAGGUGCCAUAUUUAGAGCUGCACAGUAAUACAGUACUUGGGAAUCAGGAUAGAGAGCUGGCACCCUACGAGCUGCCAACCUGUGAGCACGCCACCUCACCUGGGUAUCUCCAGGCGGAAGGCCCACAGGUUGAUUCCUACCAUCCGAGGACAGAUGAGAUGACAGCGCACUUGGCCUUUCCAUGGAUGAGAACUUCAAGAUCUCAAAUCUGCCAGGCACCCAUGACAGCUGGGUUUCUGUGCGAAGACCCUGAUGAGCAGAAGCGAAGCCGCACAGCAUACAGCAGAGCACAGCUGCUGGAGCUGGAGAAAGAGUUCCUGUUUAACCGCUACAUUUCCCGGCCACGCAGAUACGAGCUGGCAACAAGCUUGAACCUCACCGAGCGCCACAUUAAAAUCUGGUUUCAGAACAGACGCAUGAAGUGGAAAAAGGAAGAAGCAAAGAGGCACAAAGGCACAUGGAACCAAGGGCUCCAUGAACAAGACGCCGACUCCACUGUAGCAACAGGCGUCUGA